GCGAAGUAUAGCCAGAUCUAACAAAUAUACACAGUCUAUCUUCCCAAGCUCCCAGAGCUUUCUCUGUGUCUUUUGGAGAGUUGUAGGACAAGACAAGUUGUGGGUUCUCCUUUUCCUGACAAGAUUCCGGCGUCUUCACUAGGCGGAGAUGUCUGUCCCAGUGUUUGCUGCUCUCCUCAUAACUCUCGACACCGCCCUAGCCCAAGUGCCUCUGUCGUGGGAUACUCGGCCCGUGUGCCAAGCUUCUAGUCCGCUCCUCUACUUCAACUUGGCGGAGACGGAGAGGGCGGCCGCUACUGGCAGUAUCAAGCACACGGGAAAGCUGUUCACUCAGCUCUUUGAUACCGCCUGUCCGAACUAUUUCUUCCAAAAAUACCGCACCAUUGACGGGACUUGCAACAACUGGCGAAACCAGGGUGCCGCACGCACACAAGCUCGGAGACUCCUACCUCCUGCCUACGACGAUGUUAAUCAAAAGCCCCGGCAGACAGCAGUUAGCGGCAAGCCGUUGCCCAGUGCUAGAGCAGUCAGCAUAGCCGCUCAUCCACCCACACCCAAGGAGCUGGGACUCACCAACAUGAUCAUGCAAUGGGGACAGUUCAUAGACCAUGACGUCACCGCCUUCCCUGUCGCUACUGAGCUAGAUUCGACCAUCAAGUGUUGUGGAUCAAACAGUUCCAUCCCACAACUAUGCAAGGACGAGAACUGUUUCCCUAUCCUUCUUCCGGCGAACGACGGAGACUUCAGGGGCACGUGCAUGGAGUUUGUGAGGUCUGUGGCUGCCAGGGACCCCCAGGGGAACAUUUUAAAUCCCCGUCAGCAGAUCAACUCGGUGACGUCAUUCAUCGACGGCUCACAGAUCUACGGUUCAUCCGAGGAGCUACUCAAGAAGCUGAGAGAACCAAAUUCUUUUCUGUUGAAGACCAAAUUAGGUAAAUUCUUACCGGAGGCGACAGAUGAGGCCGAAGGCUGCAUCCUGCGAGAAAAUUCCAACGACUACUGCUUCCUGGCAGGAGAUUCCAGAGUGAACGAACAUCCUGCUUUGGCCAGCAUGCACACACUGUGGAUGCGAGAACACAACAGGAUUGCCAGAGAACUGGCCAAACUUCGGCCACAGGACUCCACAGAGGAAAUUUUCCAGCUCACCAGGAAAAUUGUUGGUGCUCUCCUUCAGAAGAUCACCUACAACGACUGGCUACCUAUAAUCCUGGGAACCGUGGCCACCCAAGGCAAACUGGUGUCCAAGAGCGGCCGAUCCACCCCAAACCUGGCCGUGGACCCACGAAUCAGCAACUCUUUCUCCACAGCCACCUUCCGAUUUGGUCACUCGUUAGUUCCCGCCGAAAUCCUCAUCGGAGAGAGAAACGUGCACCUAAGAGACCUGUUUAACAGACCUGCGGAAGUCUUGGAUAAUCUGGACGAUGUUUUAGCAGGUCUGGCUGCAGUGAGCAGGAUCCACGGGCCAGUCGCUUGUACCUCUUGUCUGUUAGAGGACGUGGACAGGGAAGUCGCUGAGGAUCUCACCAAGUUUCUGUUCGAACCUCCGAACUCUCCCCGAGGCUCGGGAUUCGAUCUCGUGUCCCUCAACAUCCAACGCGGGCGUGACCACGGCAUUCCUCCCUACACCACGUUCCGCGAGUUCUGUAAUCUCCCGGCCUUGACAGGAUUCAACGAUAGGGCGCUGGGUCAGCAUGGUUCAAGGUUGGCCACCGUCUACGAGUCUGUGGAUGACAUCGAUCUGUUUACUGGAUUACUGUAUGAGCCACACGUUUACGGUGGAAUCAUUGGGGAAACCUUGAUGUGCCUGAUCGGUAACCAGUUCAUACAUCUCAAAUCUGCUGAUCGAUUUUUCUUCGAUACCUCAGAGCUGGAAUUUGGAUUCACAGACGACCAGCUAGAAAACAUCCGAAAAACAACGCUGGCGUCAAUCAUGUGUGAGAACCUCGAGAUGCCUCAGUUGGUGGUGGAUGUGUUCCGACUGGUCUCCAACAACAACAAAUUGACUGAUUGCCAACAACUGAAAGGCGCCCUGAACCUGAAACUGUUCCAGUAAUGAAGCGAAUGACCAGCUGUAAGAGUUCUCGCGGGGUGGGUGGAAGGACCUCCCACGCCACAACGGAGACUGGACUUCCAACAUGGUUUUUCCCACGACUUUUGCUGUAGGUUUCAACUCCAACCAUUGCUUUUGAAUACAAGGAAUUAGUGUGUAUGAUGAACAGCAGUCAGUUCCAAGCCAACAGAUUACUACUGUUUUGUUGGGACCCUGCGAUCAAGCUCGGGAAAAAAGAAAAAGAACAAAAAAAUUAACUGGAAUUUUGUGGAAUUUGCAACUUUUUCAAUAGUUUAAGACUUUCCCCGGAACUUUUCCC